AUGGAGCCAGGCCUGGUCCUGCCAGUGACUCUCCUCCUGAUCGUGCAUCUGGGUCCCUCCCUUGGCCAUGGAACAGAAGGAAGAUUUCAGCCCCCUGCCGCCCACUUCCUGGCCCAGGCCAAGUGCGAGUGCCGCUUCGCGCACGGGGCGGCGGGCGAGCUGCGCUACCUGGAGAGGCACAUCUACGACCGGCAGGAGUUCGUGCGCUUCGACAGCCGCCGGGGCAGGUACGAGGCCGUGGCGGAGCUGGGCGAGGACUGGGCUGCCUACUGGAACAGCCAGCCCGAGAUCCUCCAGAACACGCGCGGCGCGGCGCAGCGCUUCUGCCGCCACAACCACGAGGCCUGGGCGCUGCUCAUCGCCAUGCAGGGUCAGCCCACAGUGAAGAUCUCCUUCACCAAGGCAGAGCCCCUGUCCCACCACAGCCUCCUGAUAUGCACUGCGACGGGCUAUUAUCCCUCAGAGAUUAAUUUCAAGUGGCUGAAGAACGGACAGGAGCAGACGGAGGGGUUGGGAUACUCGGAUGAGCUCCAGAACGGGGACUGGACCUUCAUGAACCAGGUGAUGCUGGAGACGGUGGCCGAGCGGGGAGAUGUGUACACCUGCCAGGUGGAGCACAGCAGCCGGGAGGAGCCCAUCACCGUGCAGUGGGAGCCACGGAGAUUGGACUCUGCCAAGAGCAAAGUGUGGACGGGGGCCGUGGGAGGCCUGCUGGGGGCAAUCUUUGUGGCUGUGGGACUCUACCUGAAGAAGAAAAAAGCCGCCCACGUCCUCGCCCAGUCGAAGGCCGAGUGCCGCUUCGCCAACGGGUCUUCGGGCGAGGUGCGCUACGUCUACCGGCAGCUCUACGACCGGCAGGGCUGCUGCUUCUUCGACAGCCGCCACGGGUUGUACGAGGCCGCUGUGCCGGGCCGAAGUCGAGCGCUUCAACCGCGACCCCCAGGAGCUGGAGCACCGGAGGGCUGGAGCGGAGCGCUUCUGCCGCCGCAACGACGGGGCGUGGGAGCAGAUCCUCACCUGGAAAGGCUUAAAGUGACUUUAACGAUUUCAGACUAA